AUGUCUUUGACUUAUCAAGUCUCUCAGGCUGAAGCAGAAUAUUAAAACUGUUACUUGCAAGAACAAAUAUCAGACUAAGCUCAAUAACAAAAACCCUACUGUAAUAACUCUAAUUAAGAAAAUUUUAUAUUCUUACCUGAGGAUUCAUUCUUUCAAUGCUGCUAACCUAACAUUUAAAACAAUUAAAUUAAUGAAAGCAUGAAUUAUGAUAACUCUUGUGUACUGAACUUGAAUAAUCAAAGAGAUCCAUCUUAUAUUUCCUUUUAACAGAAUUUUCCUUACAAUUAAAAUAACUGCGAAAAUGAAUUAAAUAAUUAUAUUGGAGCUUGUUUUGAGCCAAAUAGUUAUUGCAAAAAUUAAUACUAUGCUUCUUAUUAAGAAAAUGCAGAAAAUUUUAUCUCUAUACAAUAAUACAAUUUUCCUUUUGGCGCUUAAGAAAGUGAAAAUGAAUACAAUAACUAACUAAAUUAAUUAAAUUAAUGUGAUUAAAAACUUUUAAGUGAUGAAUAAAGGUAAGCUACUAUCACCAUGCCAAUAUAAUCUAAUGAAUAGGUUAAAGAAUCCAGUGGGAAUAUGGAAAAUCAUCAACCAAAAUAAAAUACCAUAGAAGAGUUGAUAUAAAGCUCGAGUAGAUGUGCUUAAGCUAAGCAGCAAAGGAAACAAAAAAAAUUAGAAAAGUUAAAGAAAAUUUAAUAACAAAUCUCUAAUCUCCCAAAAAGAGACCUUAGAAGUCAUUUUAAAUAAUUAGAAUAAAUAGAUUUAAAGGAAAAAAAUUUUUUAAAUGAGCAUCAUAAACAAAUCAAUGAAGGAUUAUAAUAAAGUAAUUUUGAAUAUCAUUAAAAUAAAGAAUAAAAUAAGGCAACAAAGACCUCAUUUUAAAAUUGCUAACAGCAAUAAUAAUAACAAGAACAACUUUAACCUUUUAACUAAAUAAAUUUGCUUGAUGAAUAAAAUGCUUUGUAGAAUGAAUUGUCUUUUUGUAAUUAAUAGCUAGAAAACUAGAUUGAAGAUAAUUAGUUGAAUGCUGAUAAUGACUAAUAUUUAAAUUCUUCUACGCAGCAAGCGUAAACAGAUUUAGAUGGAUCAAACAAAGAUUAAUUUGAGUCUAAUUUUAUGAAUUUUGAAGCUGAAUUGGCUAAAAACGAUUUAAAUUAUAAAGUAAAUAAAAAGAAUGUUGUGAAAAAUAUAAUGUCUUCCUUUUAAAGAUUUAUAUAUAGUGCCUUUGCAGAUAUUACUUCAAACUAAAAUAAAAUAAAAAAAGAAUAUUUGUUUCAAAAAACAAAAUUUCAUGUCUAUUUUAAUUAGCAGUAAGAGGACUAAGUGAUUUAAUUAACAGAGAAAAUACAAAACGAAGUGAUAUAAAUAUAUAAUAAUGAUUUCAAUAACCUGCCUAAAAAUGAAAAUAAGGAAGAAUUUAUUCAUAAAUUUAAAAGGUAUUUUACCAACAGGUAGUUCAACAAUUGUACUAUCAAGCAUCUCAUCAAACACAAAUCAUUCAGCAAAAUUUUUUAAUAUUAUCUACAGUUCUUCUUCAGAAACUGGCUUAUCAAUGUAAAUAUAUAAAACAUUGAGUCUCAUAUAUUGAUUUCAGACUUGUUUUUAAAAUCUUUUCAUGAUAAAUAACUACUAAUCAACCUAACUAAUCGCUAAAAAUGA